AAAACCAAGCAUAAUUUGAACCGUUAUCACUCCCCUUGCUCUCAACUUUUCCAUUUUAAUUUCCCUACUCAGUCAGAGUAUUAUAGAUAUUUAUCACAUAAUUUACUUGUAUCUUAUUCAAUUUAUGUUAUGUUUUAUGUUAAUUUACCUUUAUUUCCAUUUUUUAAAGAUUACCCAUAUCUGGUUUUGUACCAUAUCCAUGCAACUCAGUUUUGAUCAGACAUCUGAGUCCAGUUUAGCUGUUUAAUAUUGACGACUGUGGAUUUCUUCCCACUCAAGUGAAAACUAAUUUGUCAAAACGACACCUUCUGGUACAUUUUGUUCUUGUGUAAAUUUUUCAAUUAGCGGUGUAUUUUGGACCAUAUGUGUUAGCAGAUUACUUGUAUAUGAAAGAAGAAAGAAACGUUAGAUAGCCUAACUUCCUUGGCAGCUAAGAAAGGCGGGAAGGGGUUGUAUAAAUGGGUUUUGGGUUUAGUUGUAAAAGGGUUUCUUUGGAUCCAGUACUAGUCUGACAAGAAUUCUUUAGUCCUGUAAGGGGAAGGUUAAGCUCUCGUCAUUCAUGUACUUUGUAUUCUUUACUGUUGGUAAUACAAAGAGAGGUUAUACAACAUUUCCCUUGAGUUCUUUGGGGUGUGUUAGUGUGAGUUUCUAUAGGUUUCUUGAAUAGAAACCUAUCAUUUGUUCCGACCCGCCGGAUCAAGAGUGGCGUGUGACGAUGAUGGAGGGAACUACGGAGGGAAGAUUGGAGAAUCUUGAUGUCACGAUGGAGGGGUGAAGGCGGAGACCGCGGCUAUGCGAUGCGACAAGCAACAAUUGAUGAGGAUAAUGGGGGGGGCCAACGAACAAUCACAACAAGAAUUCUGAAGGGGGUAAGAGCAAGGUUAUCGAAAACGCGAGUUAACUCGUUAACUCGGUCGAGUUUACGAGUUCAGACUAUGCUUUCGAGUUAACUCGUAAGCAAACACGUUUUUAGAGUAGGAUCGGUAGACUCGGUUGUUGACUCGCUAAACUCGCCUAAAAUCGCGAGUUUGGUUCCGAUUUCGCGAGUUUGAAAAAAAAAAUCGAAAACAGAAAACGACUACGUUUUAAGGAUGCAUCAGAUUAGGUUUUUUAAAACAUUCACUCACUGUUCAUCUUGAUUUUGCACUGUUCAUCUUCUUUCUCGCACUCUCGCUUCUAUCUCGUUCGAUCUCGCCCUCCGCUUCCUCGUUCAUCAGGUUCGCAGUCCGCCGACCGUCGAUCUCGACGUUCGAACUCAGCCUCCGUCGCNCCGUUGAAGUCGACGUUCGACCACGCCUCCGUCGCGCCUUCUUUCUCAUCGUUCUGGUCUGGGUUCUGUAAGUGUGCAACCCCUAAUUUUGGUUCACGGGCACUAAGUAUAUUUUAAAAACUUUUUCUGGCACUGGCACUCACAGGCUGNAACAUGUAUUAUUUUUUAUUGAUUUUAAAAUAAAGUAUACUGNUGCAAAUGUAUUAUUUUGAAUAAGUAUAUUUUUUAUGGCACUGCUGCAAAUGUACUUUCAAUUCACGGGUUCUGCAGCAUACUGCAACNUNUNUNANUNUAUUUAUUUUCAUGAUGUUACGGGCACUGCAAGUCUGCAACAAAUAGUUUUUUAAUAAUUUUAUGUGGGGUUCAAAAAUAAAGUGUUGCUGGCUAGUUGAAUUUGAUGUUACGGGCACGUGCAUCAUUACAGCACUAUAGUGCAUCAUUCUUUACAAUACUGCAGUGCAUUAUUCUUUUUAUUUUUUUAUUUUGAUUUUGAUGCUACGGGCACUUUACAAUUCAGUGCAUCAUUCUUUUUAUUUUUUUCAAAAAUAAAGUGUUGUUCCCUGGACUGNUAAAAAAACUAUGCUUCCACAAUAUUUUUAAACUUUUCGACAUUUUAUUUGUUAUAUUUGUAGUGAAAAAGCUUAUCUCACUAUGUCGGGAAACGCAUCAAAUUCUGGAGAAGUUAAUCCAAGUGUAUCUUCAUCAUCAAUUAGAAGUAGAAGUAAAAAUGCUCCGGGAAAUCGAUCUGAUAUUGGAUGGAAACAUGGAUUUGAUGUUAAUGGUAAUGGAAGAAAAGUGAAAUGCAACUAUUGCUCAAAGAUUGUAAGUGGAGGCAUAUUUAGAUUUAAGCAUCAUCUUGCUGGAACUAGAGAAGAUUCAGAACCUUGUGCUUCUGUUCCGGAUGAAAUAAAAAUUUUGAUGAUAAAAAUAGUUGCAGAAGCUAAGAAUGCUUCAUUAAAGAAAAGAAAGAUAAAUAUCGGUGAAGACGAGGAAGAAAGUGAGAGUCUUGAAGGAGNACACAGGGUAUUNGGUUUUAAAGGAAAAGAAAAAGUUGCUACUACUAGUAAGGGGGGAGUUCAAGNAACUAUAAAUCAAAUGAUGAAAAAAGGAUACAAAGAAGAAGUUGAUGCUCAAGUUGCUGAAUUCUUUUACACCAGUGCCAUUCCUUUUAAUGUAAUUAGAAAUCCANCAUUUGCAAAGAUGUGUGAAAUGAUUGGUAAGUAUGGAGUUGGAUACAAACCACCAUCUUAUCAUGAUAUUAGAGAGAAGCUCUUGAAACAAGCUGUGAAGAAAACAGAUGCAAAUCUUGAGGAAUAUAAGGAGGAGUGGAAGAAAACUGGAUGUACAAUUAUGUCUGAUGGUUGGACGGAUAGAAAAAGACGUUCUAUUUGCAACUUCUUGGUGAAUAGUCCUAGAGGGACGGUUUUUCUUUAUUCACUUGACACUUCAGACAUUUCAAAANCAGCUGAUAAAGUUUUUAAAAUGUUGGAUCAUGUUGUCGACUUUGUUGGAGAAGAAAAUGUUGUUCAAGUUGUCACUGAUAAUGCUGCAAAUUUCAAGGCAGCCGGAGAGUUGUUGAUGCAAAAGAGGGAAAAAUUGUAUUGGACUCCAUGUGCAGCACAUUGCAUUGAUUUGAUAUUCGAAGAUUUUGAAAAAAAUUUGAAGGUCCAUGAAUUGACCAUUAAGAAGGGAAGAAAAAUUACCACUUACAUUUAUGGGAGAUCAAUGUUGAUUUCCUUAUUGAAAAAGUUUACUAAAGGUAGAGACCUUAUAAGACCAGGUGUGACUAGAUUUGCCACGGCUUAUUUAACUCUUGUUUGUCUUCAUGAAUUGAAGGCAUCGUUGUUGACCAUGUUCAGCUCUGAGGAAUGGAAGACAAGCAAGUUUGGAACUUCACAAGAGGGAAGAAAAGUAGCACAUGUAGUAUUAGAUAGUCGAUUUUGGAAGAAUGUCUCCACAUGCUUGAAAGCUGCUGCCCCUCUUAUGGUUGUCUUAAGAUUAGUGGACUCAGAUGUAAAACCCGCAAUGGGUUUCAUUUAUGAAGAGAUGGACUGUGCAAAAGAAAAGAUUAGGUCUAACUUUAACAACAUCAAAAAGAGUUAUGAAGAGGUUUGGAGAAUAAUUGAUGCUCGAUGGGAUAAUCAACUUCAUAGGCCUUUGCAUGCAGCUGCCUAUUUUCUAAACCCUCAUUUCCACUAUGAACCUAACUUUAGAUCUGAUGAUGGUGGAGAGGUGAAAGAAGGANUGUAUUUUUGCAUGAGAAGAUUGNUACCAGANAUGGCAGAAAGAAGAAAAAUUAAUUUACAAAUUGUUGAAUUUCAUAAUGCUAGAGGAUUGUUUGGAAUGGAAGAUGCAAAAGAAUGUAGGAAAGAGUUAAAUCCUGGGGAAUGGUGGGACAUGUUUGGUGAUGGAACUCCGGAGUUGAAGCGGUUUGCUAUUCGAAUUCUAAGCUUGACUUGUAGUUCUUCUGGAUGUGAGCGUAACUAGAGUUCAUUUGAAAUGGUUCAUACCAAGAGAAGGAAUCGUUUGCAUAAAAAAAAGAUGAAUGAUUUAGUUUAUGUGAUGUAUAACUCCAAGCUGAAAAGUAGACAAAUUCGAAAAUCUAUAGCUCUUCCAUUU